AUGCUGGGACCCAGUCACAAGAGGAGAAGGUCAGGGCACAGAUGCUGGGACCCAGUCACAAGAGGAGGAGGUCAGAGCACAGAUGCUGGGACCCAGUCACAAGAGGAGGAGGUCAGGACACAGAUGCUGGGACCCAGUCACAAGAGGAGGAGGUCAGAGCACAGAUGCUGGGACCCAGUCACAAGAGGAGGAGGUCAGAGCACAGAUGCUAGGACCCAGUCACAAGAAGAGAUGGACCGGACACUGUCGCAGUCCCAAGAAGCAGACAGGCAAUCCCAGGAACACCAGCCCAUUUUGUUGCUCACAAACAGUAUUGAUGAUAGUGACAUAGAAACAUCCGUAUGGUGGAGAAGGCUGAGCUGCGAGGCAAGCAGAUCACAAGGUGUUUUGGGGGUGUGUUUCCAGCACCAUCCAGCAGCUGAUCUAGCAGUCAUCACCCACCAGUUGCUGCACAACAAGGUGUUAGCAGUCCAAGACUGGUCUGUGUUCUGGCAGCAGAUUCGGAUGAACAGCAAUGUAAAAGAAUCUUGCACAGAGUUAAACACUUCAACAGACACCUGAGCAUUGGCAUUCAUAUGAUCUACCUGUGAAGUUCAACCAGGCUUUAUAAAGCAUUACACACAAGGCAGCUAUGAUACACUGUGUUGUAAUUGGCCAAAAAUGCAGAUUGGUAACACCAGUCACCUAAGCCACCAUUGCCAUUGCAGACAAGAGUGUGAAGUAAUAGCCCCUACAGUUUACAGCAAAGCCCUCGACUGUAGCCCUACAAACUUCAGAUACUGCCGAUGGCGUAGAUGCACUGAACUUUGCCAGUUUUUCAGCUAUGUUGAAUUGACAUCUCCAACUGAUUUUAAGAGCCAGGAUUGAUAUCAGACUGCUUGACAGCACGGACCUCUUUCUUGGGUGGAUGGAUUCAGAGAUGACCUACAGAUGCAGCCAUGACUGUGGCACAUGAAUGUUAUAGAUGAUGACUGUAAAGAAAUGAUGAUAGCAGAAAAAUGAAACUAUCUUAAUAUGGUUUUCUGGAAUUAAAUUAGCAGACAAAGUAUUCAUAUUUCUGUGGAAAAAUAAUGUCAUAGCUGAAAUAUGUUUUGCAAAUUCAAAAUGGUAAUGUUUUUCUCAUAUUUUAUGCUGGCAUCACAAAUAUUAUCAUUGGCUCUGUAUACGGUAAUCUCUCACUUCAAAACAUAACUAAUUGGACUAUUUGAAGAUUAAAUCUUCAUUAUUUUUAUUUAAUAUAAAAUGCUAUGCUGGUUUUACUGUCUUAAAUAAUGUUACUUAUUAUGUCUGAAAAGCCUAAAAUAAAGUUUACAAAUUU